UGUCCCGUAAAUGUAACAUCAAAAUUCAAAAACCAAAACGUUGAAGACACACACAUGCUGAUCUCAAAGCACCCAAUUUUCAAAAUCACAAACCUCAACUCCCCCAAACCAUCACCACUAUCAUUCCUCCUCUCCCUCAUUAAACAAUGUCCCUCCACAAAAACCCUCCAACAAAUCCACACCCAAAUGAUUAUCCACUCCAUCCACAAACCAAACCACCUCCUCUCUCAAUCCAUAACCCUCAAAGACUUCAACUAUUCCUCCCUCAUUUUCUCCCACAUUACUCCCCACCCAAACGACUACGCCUUCAACAUCAUGCUCCGUGCCACCACCACCACAUGGAACAAUUACCCUCUCACCCUUCACCUUUACCACCAAAUGAAAAACUUUAACCUCACCCCUAAUAACUUCACUUUCCCUUUCGUUUUCCUCGCUUGCGCGAAUCUCGGAGAUAUUCGUGAGGCCCGAUCAGCUCAUUCCUCGGUGAUUAAACUCGGGCUGGAUACGGAUCUCCAUACAGCUCACUCGUUGAUUACAAUGUACUUUAGGUGUGGGGAGUUUGGGUUUGCACGUAAGGUGUUUGAUGAAAUUUCGCACAAGGAUUUGGUGUCAUGGAAUUCGAUGAUUUCUGGGUAUGCGAAGAUGGGUCGUGCGAAGGAAGCUGUUGAGGUUUUUGGACGGUUGAGGGUGGAGUCUGGGUUUGAGCCAGAUGAGAUGAGUUUGGUUAGUGUUCUUGGGGCUUGUGGUGAAUUGGGGGAUUUGGAAUUGGGGAGGUGGGUGGAAGGGUUUGUUGUUGAAUGUGGCAUGAAGGUUAAUUCCUACAUUGGUUCUGCUUUGAUUAGUAUGUAUGCUAAGUGUGGUGAUUUGGUGUCUGCUAGAAGGAUCUUUGAUGGUAUGCCUAGUAGAGACGUUAUCACGUGGAAUGCAGUUAUAUCAGGAUAUGCUCAAAAUGGAAUGGCAGAUGAAGCAAUCUCUUUAUUUCAUUGUAUGGAGGAGAGUGAUGUUAGACCAAAUAAAGUUACCCUGACUGCAGUGCUGUCUGCGUGUGCCGGUAUUGGGGCUCUAGAUUUAGGGAAACACAUUGAUGAUUAUGCAACACAAAGAGGAUUUCAACAUGAUAUAUUUGUUGCAACUGCAUUGGUUGAUAUGUACGCCAAGUGUGGAAGUUUGGAGAGUGCACAGAGAGUUUUCAACGAUAUGCCCCGAAAAAAUGAUGCUUCUUGGAAUGCGAUGAUUGCUGCUCUUGCUUCUCAUGGUAAAGCCAAGGAAGCUCUAACACUUUUCCGGCGGAUGUCAGAUGAGGGUGAUGGUGCCCGCCCCAAUGAUAUAACAUUUGUAGCGUUGCUUUCUGCUUGUGUGCAUGGAGGCUUGGUUGACGAAGGACAUAGGUUGUUUGAUAUGAUGAGUACAUUGUUUGGAUUGGUACCAAAAGUUGAGCACUACUCUUGUAUGGUUGAUCUUUUGGCACGUGCUGGUCAUUUAUACGAAGCUUGGGAUCUCAUUGAGAAAAUGCCUGAAAAACCAGAUAAGAUUACAUUAGGUGCCUUACACGGUGCCUGUCAAAGAAAGAAAAAUGUAGAUAUUGCGGAACGAGUUAUGCAGAUGCUUUUGGAGUUGGAUCCUUCAAAUUCUGGAAACUAUAUCAUCUCGUCCAAAAUAUAUGCAAAUUCAAACAUGUGGGAUGAAUCAGCAAGGAUGAGAGCAUUGAUGAAAGAGAAAGGUGUCACUAAAACACCGGGUUGUAGCUGGAUUGAAAUUGAUAAACAGUUGCGUGAAUUUCGUGCUGGUGACGGCUUAUGCCUCGACUCUAUAGAUAUACGUAACAUAAUUGAUUUGCUCUAUGAAGAGCUCAGAAAGGAAGGUUAUGUCCCAAAAGUUGUUGAAUAAUCACUAUGAGGGGCUGAAGAGUUGUUUUAUUGGACAUUGCCGAAGUGGCGAAAUUUGGACUCUGGCACUUCACAGUUUCAGCUCAACUAUUCAUGUCCGUUGAAUUUGUUUAAUCAGGGAAGGAGCUUUUCAUCUUGUUGAUUUGGGCAAAAUCUCCAGAAGAACAAGAAUUUUCGGUUUGAGAUGAAUAGAUGCUGCCAAAGGGAUAGGUUCCAGCAAUUGAUCUUGCUUUCAGGAAGCAAAUUUUGCUGCUUUAUGUAUCCUUUCAUUAUUAACCAAGACACUGAAUAGUGCUUGAAAAUUUUGAUACUCUAUUUAAAUUCUUUUUUCACCAAUGAAGGUUUAGAUAGGAUAUAGGUCAACAUACUACAGCAGCAAGAAUUAUUUAAGAUCUGGUGAAAUAAAUUUUCCUGGCCAUUAUGCAGAUUCAUCAUGAAUGAUGAUGUAUUAAAAAGUUGAUAGGCUAAAAUAUUAGUGUAAGAAAAUAUGAGUAUCUUAUAUUUUCUCAUUUUUUCUGGAUUGUUUUCUAGUUUCAUUUAGUUAUUCAUUCAGUUAUUCUAU